AUGGAUGACAGUACCUAUACAAGUUGCUAUAACGAAAAGCAAAAGAAUUCUUAUAACCUUUUUAGCAAUAUAACAAAAUUUUGUUGCAAUAGAAGUUAUUCUAGCUCUCUGGUUGUUGAUGAAAGAUAUAUCAAAUUGAUUAGUGACAGAUAUUAUGAAGACCCAACUAAUAAUGAAUGCGAAGAUAAAUUAAAAGAUCAAUACAGUGAUGAUUUUUUUCUAGGCAAAAGCAAUUUUAAUCUAAGUAAUAAAGGAAAACAUAUAAACCAAUGCGAUACACCACCAAAAUUAAUGACUGAUUUGAAGGAAAAGCCCAGGAAUAAUUGUAAAGAGAUAUACGUUAAAAAUGAAACAGAUAAUUAUAUUUAUUCGUGUGAACAACCCAUACAUAUGAUUAAAAAAAAUAGCUCUUUUUAUUAUAAUAUUCCUGUUCAUAUCCCUAAUGAUACUAUAUCGGAUGAAGUAGAGUUAAAAAGGGGAUCUAACAACGAGACUGUAAAGCUACACAAUAAUGGAAUUUAUAUAAACAAAAACGUUAUAAAAGAUAAAAAUGAGGAAACUAUUUCAAAAUACAAGUGCCAAAAAUCAAAGGCAAUUAACAGUAAAAGCAAUGAAUAUAAAAAAAACUAUUGUAUGGACAAAAUAAGAAUAUGUAAGCAAAGAGAAAAAGAUGUAUAUAGGGGAACUUAUAUCCAUAAUGGAGAAAAAUUUGUUUAUAACGGUCUAACCGUAGGACAUAACUCAAUCAAAAAAUGUAAUGAUACGAAAGAGGAGUUACUAUUUGGUAAAAUAAACACAUCAACUGGAAUGGAAGACAACAAGGAGGACAAUAAAUUAGAAAAUUUGGUAAAAGAUUCAAUUAUAGUUCGUAAUGAUAAAUAUGGAGCAUACGAAAAGAAAUUCAUCUGUUCACCAUCAGGGAGGAAAAGUAAUGGAAAUGAAAAAUGCUUAACUGUAGAUAAAUCUUUUAACAGUACAUAUAAAAAAACAAGCUUCAUUCCUUCAAAUUCAAUAAUAGCCAAUGAUGAAAAUGAUCAAGGAAUUAACUGUUCUACCGUACUGCAGCCAAUUAUAAAAACAGAAGAAAAAUUAUUGUUCCUUGAUAAAUUCUGUCAAACGAUUCGAAGAAAAAAGGGGAAAAAAAUAAGAAGAAAAAAAAAAAACAGGAUUAAAAUAAAAAGAGGAAUCAAACUUUUUCGAAAAAAUAAAAAUAAUAAAAUUAUAAAAUUUAAUUUAAAAAGAACAAAAGACUAUAGUAAGAAAAGAUUAGGAAUUAGAAAAAGGAAGUCUAUAAAGACAAAGUAUGUAAAAAAUUCCGAAAAAAGUGACUACCAGAAAAAACAAAAGAAAAAACAAAAGAUCAAAAAUAACCUAAAAGAGAGUUAUAUAUAUGGAGAAAAAAGUAAAAAAAGGAAUAAAUUAAGCUCAAAAAAAUCUAGGGUACAUGCAACAAAGUUAUCAAAUAUAAAGACAAGAAAAGAAGUCAUAUCAAACGUAAAGAAGAAUAAGAAUUCCACCAUGUUUCAGCAUAAUCUGCUUCCUAAGAAUGACAAUACCUCUAAGCAAAAGAAAUAUACAAAAGAUGAAUCCUACAGAUUAAAAAAAUUAACUAAUAAAAUUUCAAAUACUCAUGACGAAAAAAUGAAAAACAUUUAUGAACAAGGUAAUAACAAAAUAUACAAUAUAGUACCAAAGAUAAAUAUAGAAAAGUUGAAUGAAAUUAAUAAUACGCUGGUAACACAAAAUUGCAUCAGUAGAAGCAAUAGCAAAAAUUUAUUAAGUGUAGAACGUGAAAUGAGUUCCACUAUAUGUGCUGCAUUGGAUAGAAAUAUAACCUAUACUUGCAAUGAUAAAAUGUUUGUUAAAAAUUAUAAGAACGAUUUAGACAAUUCAAAUUUAUAUGAUAAAAUUGAGGAUACUUCAUACAGAAUAUUUACUUUAGAACGAAAUAUUUCAGAAUCUAAAAAGAGUAUUCAGCUUUCUAACACCACGAAUGACAAUGAUUAUAUCGUGAACGUUAAAGAUGUUAGUUAUACGAAGAAUGGGAACAGUCAGUAUUUCCAAAAAAAAUAUAGAAGCACAAAUAAAAAUGACUGCAACACAAAAUCAAGCAGUAGUAAUUCUGAAAAUUUUAUUAAUAUAAAAGCACUAUGUGAGAAUGACUUAUGCGACCCUCAUCAGAGUAACUUAUAUGAGGAAUCUAAAAAAAAAAAUUUGGUCUAUUUGGAAGAAACUCCUACUAGAAACAAUAGUAGCACCAGUAGCAGCUGUAAUGGUAAUGAUGACAGUGACAAAACUAAUUUCCAAGUACAUCGUGAAAAUGUAGAACAAGCAUUACUCAAAUAUCAAGAGGAAUAUAACAAUAACAUAAAUUGUGGUGAGUUAACACUGAGGAUUUUAAAAAAGCUAGCUGACAUUUUGAGUGAUAGAGAUGAAUAUAUAUAUUCGAAUAAGCUUGAUAUAGAAAAACAUGACAAAUGUGCCAUAAACAAGAGUAGUAAAAAAUUAGAAGAAAAAAUAUCAAUAAAUGGUAAUUUUGACAAAUGUGAGGAAUGUAAUUUAUUUCAUUCUAAAAGGGAAAAAAAAAAUUAUGUCAAAAGCAAAAGUUGUGAUUCUUUUUUUAGCAGAACUUUUUUUACCACAAAUGAAGAGCACACAAAUUUGGUUCUCAAGUUUUUGGGUAAAGGAAGAAAUAUAAGGGAUAAUAAUAAAAAUAUGUUUUUAUUUAAUUCAAAUCUAUUGCAUCAGCGCUCCCUUUUUAUGGCGCAAGGAACGUAUGUAAGUCAGGUGGUUUAUAUACUAAAUUCUAUCAUAUUUUACUCUAAUAAACUAAAAAAUUUGCUAAAUUUCUCUAUCAAGAGAGGAUAUGCAAAUUUCUACUCUUUAGAAGUUAAAUUUUUUAUGCUUUGUCUCAUUAAUUUAAUUGAAAAAUUUAAGACUAAUAAUUUUUCUACAUGUUUGGAAAGAGUGUCAACCUUAAUAAACGAAGUAUUAAAAAGGGCUAAAACCAAUAUACUGAAAUUUCCCAGAAAAGCUGAAAUUACAAAAUUUGAAUUGGUUGUUAUAAAAAUAUACUUUAUUGAGUUGCUCAAAAUGUCGGCAUUGUUGUCUUCACUGAAACAGGGUAGUAGAACAGGUUCUAAGUGUCUUUCACCUUCGCCAUCAUUAAUAUUAUCUGCUUCUUCAUUAUCACUAUCUGCAUCAUCGUUAUCUGCAUCAUCGUUAUCUGCAUCAUCGUUAUCUGCGUCAUCGUUAUCUAUUUCAUCAUUGUCAAAACCAUGGAAAAUGUGUUAUCGUUUUUGUGAUCAUCUUGAACAAACCGUUUCUGUGUGUGACGUAAAACAAACGAGUAAGCUACUCACUGAUAUAGUACUUACAGAGAGAGAAAUAAAUGAAGUAUAUAAAAAGAACGAAGAAAGUACGGGUAAGAAAUCUUUUCAUCCAUGUUCAUCAUUCUAUGAAACAGGAAGAAGCGGUAGUAGUAGUAGUAGUAGUAGUAGUAGUAGUAGCAGUAGUAGCAGUAGUAGCAGUAGUAGCAGUAACAGUGGGAGUACCAUUUGGAAGAAGUUGUACAAGGAAAUUAACAAAAAGUAUGAGGCGAAUUCUAAAAACGAGGAAAACAUGAACUUAAAAAUAGAAACACAUUUAGGUGAAAAUGAAAAAUAUUUAAAAAAAAUGAAUUUCUUACAUACAGAUAAGCAUAUUAGAAGAGAUGUAUACCAUGGCCUGAUUCCUAUGGAACAUGACCAAAAGUUGGAAAGCCCCAACAUGCAUAAUAAUAGUAAUUAUAACAGUAAUAGAAACAGGAAUAAAAGUAGCAAUAAUAACAGCAAUAAAAACAGAAGUAGUAGCGAUAAUAGCAGCAUUAAGGACUUGAAUGAUCCUUACAUUUUAAUGAAAAUUCUGAAGAUAAACUUGCUACAGCUAACACGGUAUAACAAUGAUAAAAUGAAUUAUUUAAUUUUGUUGAUGAAAUAUUUAAACAAGUUAAGAUAUAUAUAUAAGGUAAACAAAUAUAUCCCAUUUAAUAAGAAAAACCGAACAAAUGCAGUUAAUGAUAUUAGAAAAUUAAUAGUAAACAUUAAUGAGGAGAAAAAUCUAUUGAUGAAAGAAAAUGAAACCUUUCUUUAUAUACAAACAUUAAAAUCUAUUAAGACAAAGCAAAACAAAUUAGAACAACAAAUAAUAGAAAUUUUAGAGGUAUUUUUUGAAAAUAAUUUUCACAAUAAUGAUGACAUUAAUAGCAGUACUCACAAGCAUGAUAAUGUUGACAAUUUCGAAAAGGCUACAUACGUGGAGAAGCGAAAAGGAAAGAAGUUUAAGACUGAUAUAGGUAGUUACAGGAAUAGAGAUAUUUGCAGGGAUAAAAUAAAAACAAAGCACCCUACUACUACUGCUACCACUGCUAUCACUACCGAUACUAUUACUACUAAUAACGAACAUGAUGAUGAAAAAAAAGCACAAGUUAUGCAUGAUAACAACUGCUACUACAUUGAUGAAACAGAACAAUUACAGCAAUUAAACCAUUUCUUAAAUAGUAUUAUUAUAUCCUGUAAAAAUGAUGAAAUAUUACAGAAGCCAAAUUAUCAUUAUGCUAUGCUGAAGAAAUAUAAUCAAGAAUUAUCCCUGAUGAAUGAUCUUCAUAGAAAUGAUAACACGUUAACUAUAGAUCGUUUAGAUCAUAUGACUGUUUGUGAUUUUGCUAACCAUGUGUAUUUUUAUAUUAAAAGAACUAAAUUUAACAACAAAUUCGGAAAGAUAAAAAAAAAAAAUUAUAACAGUUUUCAGAAGAGUCAAGGGAGGAAAGGUACAGUACUUCAAGCAUUACAUGACUUUUAUUUACAAAAUGAUGGAGAUAAUACAGUAAUUAAUGGUAAUCUUAAUGCUAAUGAUGAUGUUACUUAUACUUUUGAAGUAUGCCCUUGA